UAUAUAUGUGUGCUGUCUAUUUGUCACUCGUAUAGUUGAUAGAAUUAGUGUUCCCGUUCAGCAUUCGUACUAACAUAUUUAGCCUUGUGAAUAUGUUUUGUUCAUUCCUAACAGCGUGACAUUGUUUUCCAAAAAAAAAAGAUAAGAAGUUGAAAAAAAAUGUGUAAAUUCGGCAAUGGUACUUUUAGUUAAUUGGCAGGAAAAGUAUCAAAUGCGAUGAAGUGGCGACCCUGCUCCUUCGAUUCUGCUCGCAUUGCGUCACGACAGUUUACGUUCUCUUCUGGCAUAAACAAACCUAUGAAAACAAAAUGUCUGCGAAUCGCGAUAUGUUUAUUAACAGAUGUUUGUAUUCGACCUGACGUAUUUUAUAUCGCCGUACAAAUGACUCGUAAGAUGCCAGAGAAUUUGUGGCGUAAUGGCCGUGUCCUUUAACCGGUACCUUAUCUUGCCGGAAAUCGAGAAAAGUGAACUCGAGGUUGACUCGGGGAAUAAGCGGGCUUAUACGAAUGAAAAUUCAACGAGAAAUUCGGUUGGUAGCCCGACAGCCCCCGUAACUUCUGUAACGGUCCCACUUUGCGUUCUGGGUGAGGUUCAAUUACGUUUUCUUUGUCCUGACGAUUUAGAAGAAGUUCGUUCACUUUGUCAAGAUUGGUUUCCCAUAGAUUAUCCAAAUUCAUGGUACGAAGACAUAACAAGCUCUUCAAGAUUUUAUGCGUUAGCUGCUGUAUAUGGUGGAGUAAUUAUAGGACUUAUUGUCGCUGAGAUUAAACCAUAUACCAAGUUAAAUGAAGAAGAUCGUGGGAUUCUGUGUUCAAGUCAAGGAAAGGACUCUUUAGUUGGAUAUAUACUUAGUUUAGGAGUACGUCGUACAUAUAGGAGAAACGGUAUUGCAUCUUUAUUAUUGGAGCAAUUAUUGGCACAUGUUACCGCUCCAGAACGUUCUUCAGUGAAAGCAGUCUUCUUACAUGUUCUCUCUAGCAACGUGCCUGCUAUUUUGUUUUAUCAAAGGUGCCAUUUUCGAUUACAUAGUUUUUUACCAUAUUAUUAUUUCAUUCAUGGAAAAUGUAAAGAUGGAUUUACUUAUGUUCUUUACGUUAAUGGUGGACAUGCACCAUGGGGUAUAUGGGAUUGGAUUAGACAUUUAGCCAGGGCAAUGGCUAGUCUUGGUCCAUGUAGGGUACCAAGAUGGAUUUGGCAAAGGCUUUUAUGGGCUACCACUAUACUUUCUUAUCACAGAUGAUACAUCUUAUGAGGCUGUGAUAUAUAACGGUAUUCAAUUACAAUUAAAUUCAUAUAAAA